CUUCCUUACUCGCGUUAGCUGUGGCUGUUGCAAUUCGUAACUAGUGGAGCUAAAAUUAAGCAACAAUGAAGAACACCCGACAGACCCACUUACAAAUCUUCGUUAGUCGACAAUAAAAGCAUAAACUUUCGUUCCAUGGAACAUUAGGUGUCUAAAAUAGCUCGGUGCUAGCUACUUCCGUGUACGUAAAGUGAAUAGCAUCUUGACGAUUGAGGUCGUCUUUGUUUUUGUGGAAAAAGUUGUGCCUUACUAAAUUCAGGCAGUGCUGCAAAGUGAAGUGGAGCAGGAAGAAGACGGGAAAUUGCCCAACUUUGCAUGUUUGUCAAGAUGAGGUUGAGUGGUGUCCUGGCGUAUGUAUUCGUGAUAUGUACUGGGGUUUGUUGGGGGGACACCCCGGCCAACUGCAGCUACGAGGACCUACUGGGGACGUGGGUGUUCCAGGUGUCCAGCGGGGGCCACGACAAGACCCUCAACUGUUCCGCUGAAACAACAGGUGAGAGCACAGUGAUGGUGACCCUUGAGAAGCUGUCUGUGGCCAUAGACAAGCUGGGAAACAGUGGCUACUUCACCCUAAUCUACAACCAGGGCUUUGAAGUAGUCAUCAACGGCUAUAAAUGGUUUGCAUACUUUAAGUACACUGAAGAGGGCCAGAAGGUGACCAGCUAUUGUGACCAUACCCUGCCAGGAUGGGUGCACGAUGUCUUGGGAAACAACUGGGGGUGUUUUGUUGGCAAGAAAGUGAACCCAAUCCCACCACAGGUUCACCAUAAACCAGUCUUGAGCUCCAGGCUCCUCAACAGGCCUUUUACACCAAACCAGGGUGUCAUUGAGUCCAUUAACUCAGCCCAGAACUCUUGGAAGGCUGUGUCCUACCCGGAAUACAAGACGUACACGCUGCAGGACCUGCACUACAGGGCAGGAGGACCCGCCUCCCAUAUUCCACUCCACGUCCGCCCUACACCCGUGUCAACUCAAGCGGCCAAGUCGGCAGCAGCUCUACCACAGCACUGGGACUGGAGGAACGUAGAUGGCAUAAACUUUGUCAGCCCUGUGCGAAACCAAGGUUCAUGCGGUAGCUGCUACUCCUUCGCCUCCAUGGGAAUGUUAGAGGCUCGCAUCCGAAUCCUAACCAACAACAGUGAGGCUCCCAUACUCAGCCCCCAACAAGUGGUCUCCUGCUCUGAAUUUUCCCAAGGUUGCGAUGGCGGCUUUCCAUACCUGAUCGGAAAGUACGUCCAGGAUUUCGGUAUUGUGGACGAGUCCUGUUUUCCAUACGUUGGAAAGAACACUCCCUGCGGCAUACCUAAAAACUGCGGCCGCGCUUACGUUGCGGAAUACAGCUAUGUGGGAGGAUUUUAUGGUGGCUGCAGUGAGGAAGCCAUGAUACUGGAACUGGUCCAGAAUGGCCCUAUGGCAGUGGCCUUUGAGGUGUACCCAGACUUCAUGUACUACAAGGAGGGCAUCUACCACCACACGGGCAUCUUCGACUCCUUCAACCCCUUCGAGCUGACCAACCACGCCGUGCUGCUGGUGGGCUACGGCCGCUGUCAGAUGACUGGCCAGAAGUACUGGGUUGUCAAGAAUAGCUGGGGCACCAGCUGGGGAGAGGGGGGCUAUUUCAGAAUCCGCCGGGGAAGCGAUGAGUGUUCCAUCGAAAGCAUCGCAGUUGCAGCCAAGCCCAUCCCCAAACUCUAGAGGCUUUUAAAAUUUUUUUUAUGAUGCCCUGUCAGUGAGCUCUCGUGCAAGUGCAUGUGUGGUUUGACAGUUUAAUGACGAAACCGUAUCCCAAACUGGAAAUCACAAGUAUGCUGGUUAGAUUUUAGUUUCAGUUCCACUUGUGAAGAACACCUUUACAAGUCGGUUAUGAUUUUAAAAAUGCAUUUCAAAUGCAUCGAUGUCUCCUCAGUGAUUGUGUCGUGUUUGUGUGGGUUGUACCAACAGAUGUGAGGUUGUAAUUAUGUAAAGGGGUUAAGUCAUGUGAGGUUACUUUGUAAUACCUGCCAAUCAGGGCCUUGUUUAUCUCAGGGAAGCACACUGGCUGUUCUGAUGUCAGUGAAUCAGUGUUAAACUGGAUGUGUGCCUUUCAUAAUAAUAAAGGGAGAUCAUAAUGAA